CAAUGGCAACCCAGAAAUCGCAAUACCGCAGCCAAUCAAAAACGAAUCUUGCUGCGGUUAUGAGGGUAGAAACCGGAGGGCUUGGAAAUCGGAAGCUUUAAUAUGGUUUUGAGAUUGCUUGUUUUUAGAGUGCGCUGAUGGAUAAAUCAUACAGAAAGCUUGUUUGAAACAGCAAGCUUUAUGGUUUGCGACAGGUUAACCGUUACAGUAGGAGCUAUUGGUACGAUUUCUUUCUCGACACUCGUUUGAACGACAUGCGUGAGUUACAUGUCGGAUAGGCUACAGAAACAGAAUUUACUGGACCAAGAGGAACUCAGUUACGGCCUGCUGUGCGAUUGUUUGCGUGAUGGAGCUACAAGCGGCGAGUUUUAAACAGGAGCCAGUAGAGGAGGACCUGGGGCUGGAGCCUGUAGCCAUCAAACAAGAGCUCCUCCAGACAGAGGUGUUCUCCAUCAAAGAGGAGGUGCCGGAGUUGGAGGAGGCCGCGCCAGAGGGCUGUCCGGAAGUGAGCUGUGUGCAUAUCAAAGAGGAGGUGCUGGACAUGGAGCCGGCCUACAUUCACAGGGUAUUUCCGGACGCUGAGCUUUUCUGCAUGACGGAUUGUGGGCGCGCGGUUGUGGACGGUCAGGGCGCAGAGGGAGAAGGGGACCCGGUCACGGAAGCCUUCUGCGUCCCACACAGCUUCUUCCUCUCGGACCGGCUGUCCCCAGCUCAGCGGGGGGGUUGCCCCCACAGCCGGGGUACCCCCCAGCACUUCACCAUCCGUGCCGACGGCUUCACCCCCCGCAUGAAUUUCCCGUGCCCGCGGGACCUGGACCCGGACCACAAGCCGUACCUGUGCGUCGCGUGCGGGAAAGCCUUCCGCCGCCUGGACCACCUGCGGCGGCACCAGAGCAUGCACUCGGGCGAGAAGCCCUUCCGCUGCAGCAGCUGCGACAAGCGCUUCUCCCUGCGCCGCAGCCAGGAGGCGCACCAGCGCCACUGCAGGGGCCUGCGGGGCUGCAGCUGCCCCAUCUGCGGCGACGUCUUCCAGAGCUUCAGCAACCUGCAGCAGCACCAGCGCAUCCACGACGGCGAGAAGAGCUACGAGUGCAGCCGCUGCGGCCAGAACGACAAGCAGUCCAGCUACUAUCGGCAGCACCAGAGAGUGCACUGCGACGACCAGCCCUACCUCUGCUCGCUCUGCGAAAAACAGAUGGAGUGCUGUGAGAAACACUGACCUCUGCUGGCACAUCCAGGGCACUGCUUGUCCCCUUGACUCAGCCCAGAGGACAGCCCUGUCUGUGGAACAGGAACCCUCUAACACCCCAUUGGAUGAGUGGCAUCCCUUUAAUUUAUUCCUCUUGCUCUCAGCGCUGAACAGUCUGUCAGAAUGGAUACACUCCAUUAAGGGAGUUAUGAGGCAUUUUUCAGUAAGGCAGUGGGUCCUCCCCCACCCAGGGAAGGAUUUAGAAAUGAUUUGUGCAGGGACAAAAUAUGCCCCCCCCCCCGUGCACAUGCAUGCACACACACACUCACACACACACACAUGCACACACGCACACACACACACCCAUGUGCAAAUGCACGCGCACACACACACCCAUGUGCAAAUGCAUGCACACACACACGUACAUGCAAAUGCACACACGCACAUACAACAUACAAACACACACAUAAUUGUCAUUUCCAUGUGGUAUAUAAUUUAACAAAUAUUGAUAAGCAAUAGUAAGAGCUUCCUGAUAAAGGAGGUGUAAUGUUGCACACUAUAAAUUAUAAAAUAAUUUUGUGUCAAAACUUCAUAAUGGAUUGAAUUUAUAUUUAAUACAUUUUUAAGGCAAAAUAUGCCUGUGUCAAGUGAAAUGACUGUGGAUGGAAGUUCACUGAGAGGUAAAAAUAUAAUUAUCUCCAAAAGUACAGCACACAGAACUAUUCACUACUCUGAACUGCAAUACCCACAACUACAAUGCUCAGAACUGCAGUACCCAAAACAUGCACUCAGAAGUAUAAUGUUACAUAUUGUUAUGAAGCGCAUGGUUUUCUGGUAAAGGUGACGGUUGUGGCGUGGACUGAUGAUGUCAUUAUUCAUGUUGCACAGUGGGCUACUCUCUCAGAGGCCUCGGAAUGAUCAUUUGGUGAUGUCAUACCAGGACGUGUGUGAGAGUUCCAUUACGGGGUCUUAAUGAGGAGCUGUAAUGCAUCUGUAGAUUCACUCCAGAACAGAUACUGCAGAAAACGGAACCAGAGCUGAAAGGCCGCUUUUCAUUUUUAUAUUUCCCUCGAUUCAUGUCUUAUCUCCAGACUGUUUCAUCUGUGCGGAUUAAACUGGCUGAAAUAUU